AUGAAGCUUCUUGGUGUUCUCUCAUUGAUCUCCGCGGCAAGCUCGCUCAGCCUGGAGCCCAACUAUACUUCUCCUGCGGGUGUUGAGAUCUACAACCCUUCCACGUUAUUCACACCCACUGGACCAUGGAGUUUGAUGUCAAAGGCAGGCGACACUCUCUACGUUGCUGGCAUGCGAGGCAUCUACCCGUCAAACAACACGCUUGCUCCAGUCGGGAUUGACCGAAUUCGCCAGGCCUACGCCAACAUGAUUCAGCUCGCUGAGCUGGCUGGCACGGAUCGUUUCUCGGCAGUCCGUCUGGUUGUUUACACUACGGAUAUGUAUCGGUAUAGGCCAUUGUGCAAUCAGGCGCAAACGGAGUUCUGGGGAAACGAUCCCAACAGACAUCCUCCCAGAUCAAUUAUCGAAGUGCAGAGGCUAAAUGAUGACGACAUUGUGGAAGUGGAAGGGACCUUUCUGGUUCCCUUGGACCCAAAGUAA